AACUACACGCACAAAAAAACCCACACUCAGGCAGUCUGGGCUGGGUCGUCUGCUUGCUUCUUACAAGGAGAGGCACUCUUGUCUUCAUGGUGGAGCAGUGAUAACCUGAUAAUUUUUUUUUCAUCCCUUUUCCUCCUGUUUUGCACACAAAGAAGGCUCAUGUCUUUCUUAUAGACAUGAUGAGCUUUGUGCAAUUAAGGACUUUCUUAUUCCUCCUGGGCUCUCCGAUUUUGCUUGUUAAAUGUCAAGGCGGAACCAGUGGAGAUGAUCUGAGCUGCACGGUGGAUGGACAGCAGUACACCAACAGGGAUAUCUGGAAGCCAGAGCCAUGCCGGAUCUGUGUUUGUGACAAUGGUAACGUCCUCUGUGAUGAAAUCCAAUGUGAGGAGCUGACUAACUGUGAGAAGAUGACCAUCCCAGAGGGAGAGUGCUGUCCUAUCUGUAAGACUGAGACACCCAGCAGGCGUGGCGAGACCACGUUUGGUGGUGGUAGAAUCUACAAAGGUCAGAAAGGAGAGCCUGGAGAUGUUCCCAUUAUAACUGGCAUUAGAGGACGGCCCGGACCUAUGGGCCCACCUGGCUCUCCAGGAGAUAGAGGACCCCGUGGAAACAAAGGACGGCCUGGACUUCGAGGUCCUGCAGGUUAUGAUGGAGAGCCUGGUGUACCGGGUCAGCCUGGAGAACCAGGACCUCCAGGACAUCCAUCGCACCCAGGAGGUCUGGGAUCUCAGAUGGCUGGAAUGCUUGACCAGAAAACUGGACCUCAGGGCAUGUUAACGGGCUCACGGGGAGAGUCUGGAGCAAGAGGACCUCCAGGGCCAAGUGGUAAACCUGGUCAAUCUGGACCACAGGGACCUCCUGGAGAUGUUGGUGAUCCAGGAGCAAUGGGUCCAUCAGGCCAAAGAGGACCUGAGGGUCCUGCUGGGAAACCAGGUGAAGAUGGAGAAGCAGGCAAAUCAGGAAAUCCUGGAGAGAUGGGUUUCGCUGGCUCACCAGGACCUCGAGGAUUUCCAGGUGCACCCGGUCCCCCAGGUCUGAAGGGUCAUAGAGGUCAUGCUGGACCACUUGGCCAAAAAGGUGAAACUGGAGCAGUUGGAUCCAAGGGUGCUACGGGGCCCUCUGGUCCACUGGGAGCACCUGGUCCCAUGGGUCCUGCUGGGAUGCCAGGAGAGAGGGGGCGCUCUGGACCCACUGGAAUACCGGGUAAACGUGGUCCACCGGGUAACAUCGGAAAAUCUGGUCCAAUGGGUCCCUUAGGUUUAAGCGGGCCACCAGGGUAUCCAGGAACACCAGGGAUGAAGGGACAACCCGGCCCAACUGGAGUCCGGGGUCCAGAAGGCCCUCAGGGUCAAAGAGGAGAGACCGGUCACCAGGGAAGAUCUGGACCAGUUGGCCUCAGGGGACCCACGGGUACAGAUGGUGGGCCAGGUGCCAAAGGUCCAGUGGGUAAUCUUGGUCCACAAGGUCAAGCUGGCCAUCAUGGGCCUCCUGGACCCCCAGGGCCCCAGGGAAGCACUGGUCAGCCUGGUAUCAAGGGGCAACUGGGAGAUGUUGGUGUACCAGGGUUUAAAGGCGAAGCUGGGCCCAAAGGAGAGCCUGGUCCGCCAGGCUCUCAGGGAGUGAUUGGACCUCAGGGUGAGGAAGGGAAGCGAGGGCCACGGGGAGACCCUGGCUCUAUUGGUCCCCCGGGUCCAGUCGGUGAGCGAGGAGCUCCUGGCAACAGAGGAUUUCCUGGUGCUGAUGGUUUACCAGGACCUAAGGGGGCUCAAGGAGAUCGUGGAAUAUCAGGGCCACCAGGACCAAAGGGUUCAUUAGGAGACCCUGGGCGUACAGGAGAACCUGGUCUACCAGGUGCAAGGGGUCUUACCGGCACACCUGGAAUCCAGGGGGCAGAGGGCAAGCCAGGCCCGUUGGGAGCACCUGGUGAAGAUGGUCGUCCAGGACCAGCAGCCAUUGGAAACAGGGGACCUCCAGGAACUAUGGGAUUGCCUGGCCCCAAGGGUUUCAAUGGUGAUCCAGGAAAGACAGGUGAACAAGGAUCAGCAGGAGUUCCAGGUCAAAGAGGACCUCCUGGGAAAGACGGAGAAGUUGGUCCUGCUGGCCCUCCUGGUCCACUUGGUGUUGCAGGAGACCGAGGUGAACAGGGGCCUCCAGGAGUAAAUGGAUUCCAGGGCUUGCCUGGAAAUCAAGGACCUCCUGGAGAACCUGGAAAACCAGGUGAUCAAGGUAUUCCUGGAGAGCUUGGUGCUGUGGGUCAAAUUGGACCAAGAGGAGAGCGUGGAAAUCCUGGAGAAAGAGGAGAACUUGGACCAACUGGUCUACAGGGACCCAAGGGAAUCCCUGGUGCACCAGGUCCAGAUGGUCCAAAGGGAAGUCCAGGUCCUGGUGCACUCGGUGAUGUAGGUCCUCCUGGUCUUCAGGGAAUGCCGGGAGAGAGGGGAAUCUCUGGGCCACCUGGGCCUAAAGGUGACAGAGGAGCAAUUGGCGAGAAAAAGGAUCAGAAGGUACUGCUGGAAACGAUGGUGCGAGGCCCAGGACCUGUUGGCCCACUUGGACCUGCUGGACCCAGUGGUGAGAAGGGUGAACCUGGACCCAAAGGACCACAUGGACCUCCAGGAUCCAGAGGAAUGCCUGGAUCAAGAGGUGAUCCUGGUCCAAUUGGGCCUGUUGGGUUUGCGGGACCACCUGGUCUUGAUGGUCAACCUGGAGUCAAAGGAGAGCCUGGAGAACCAGGCCAGAAAGGAGAUGCUGGGUCUCCAGCUCAGGGUUUGGCUGGUGCUCACGGACCUCCUGGGCCAGUUGGUGUUGCUGGACUGAAAGGUGGAAGAGGAACACAGGGUGCACCCGGUCCCACUGGUUUUCCUGGAUCUGCUGGAAGAGUUGGCCCUCCAGGGUCCAACAGGUCCUCUGGGAGAACCCGGACCACUGGGACCUCCUGGGAAGAGGGGCCUCCAGGUCUCCGUGGAGACCAUGGACCCCCUGGAAGACAAGGAGAACGAGGACCGCCAGGCCCACCAGGGAGCCCAGGAGACAAAGGGGAUUCUGGAGAAGAUGGUCCCACGGGUCCCGAUGGCCCUCCUGGCCCAGCUGGUACUACAGGACAGAGAGGCAUUGUGGGUCUUCCUGGUCAGAGAGGAGAGCGCGGGAUGCCAGGCCUCCCAGGUCCAGGGGGUCCACCUGGGAAACAGGGAGCCACUGGAACUCCUGGAGAUAAAGGUCCCCCGGGUCCAGUUGGGGUUCCUGGUGCUAAUGGACCACGUGGUGAUCCUGGCCCUGAUGGUCCUGCUGGUUCUGAUGGCCCACCAGGCAAAGAUGGUGUUCUUGGACAAAGAGGAGACCGAGGAGAUCCUGGACCAGAAGGUUUGGUUGGUCCUCAGGGACUUCCUGGUCCUUCAGGUCCUGUUGGUGCACCAGGCGAUGCUGGAAAGAGAGGCGAGGCUGGCUCCAGAGGACCUGUCGGACCACCAGGUUCUGCUGGAAAGAGAGGAUUAGUGGGACCUCAAGGACCAAGAGGAGAUAAGGGUGACCUGGGUGAUCACGGAGAGAGAGGACAGAAAGGACAUAGAGGCUUCACCGGUUUACAGGGUCUUCCUGGACCUCCAGGUACAACAGGUGAACAAGGGGCACCAGGAAUUGUUGGCCCCAGUGGUCCCAGGGGACCUCCUGGACCUAUUGGGCCUCCUGGAAAGGAAGGAUAUGUUGGACAGCCCGGACCAAUGGGACCUCCUGGAACACGUGGAAUCAGCGGUGAAAUUGGACCAGAGGGACCCCCAGGUGAACCCGGACCCCCAGGGCCACCUGGUCCUCCAGGACCUCCCACGGCACCUUUGGGGGAGAUGUAUAUACCUGAGGAUUAUGACUCAGGUCCACCACCACCUCCUGAGUUCAGUGAGGAUCAAGCACUACCAAACAACAACGCAUCUACCAUAGUGCCAGUGGACCCUGGCGUGCACGCCACGCUGAAGGCGCUCAGUAGUCAGAUCACCAGCAUGAAGAGCCCUGAUGGCAGCAGAAAACAUCCUGCUCGCACCUGUGAUGACCUGAAGCGAUGCUACCCAAUGAAGAAGAGUGGUGACUACUGGGUGGAUCCAAACCAAGGCAGUGCAGAGGAUGCUAUCAAUGUGCAUUGCAACAUGGACACUGGAGAGACUUGCAUCUCUGCCAAUCCAGCCAGCAUUCCUCGUAAAGUGUGGUGGACCUCAUCCAAGAACAAACCGGUGUGGUUCGGCGCUGACAUCAACGGUGGCACACAUUUCACUUAUGGCAACAAAGACCAACCAGCAAACACCAUCACGGUCCAGAUGACAUUCAUCCGCCUGCUCUCUAAAGAGGCCUCUCAAACCAUCACGUACCACUGCAAGAACUCUGUGGGCUAUAAGGACAAGACAGGUGACAUGAAGAAGGCCGUGAUCCUCAAAGGCUCCAAUGACCUAGAGCUCAAAGCCAUGGGAAACAACCGUUUCAGAUACACAGUGCUGGAAGACUCCUGCACAGAAGCUAACGGCAACUGGGGAAAGACUGUGUUUGAGUACAGGACACAGAAAACAGCAAGACUUCCCAUUGUGGAUGCUGCCGCUGUGGACAUUGGUGCCCACAAUCAAGAGUUUGGCUUUGACAUUGGGCCUGUGUGCUUCUUGUAAAUCCAUCAGCGGCAAUGUGUCGCAAUCCUGAGACUGUUGAACUGACAGCUGACACGAUCAGCCACUUUGUACAUACAAGUACUGAGGACUAUUGUGGCCCUGUGGCAACAUAUUUAUUGUGCCUUUCAACCCAGUUUAAGACACCAAAGAUUUGCAACUUAGAAGAAUGCCAGACAAAUUGGUCAAAUUCUGAAUCAUUCAACUGUCUAUCUUUAUGUUUUGAUUAAAGGUUUUGUUUGUUUUGUUUUUUUAAGCUCACCAUGGUUUCUUUUGAUCCAAAAAUUUCAGUUUUCCCACCUCAAGUCAAAAAGCCAGUAAUGAUUUAAGAAAUUCUGUCAGCAUUCCAACAAUUACAACUGCUGUUUACAAGCCCUGAAGUUUCCACUUGAAUCGGUCAAACGUUUGUCACUAUGACCUACUCAUUUUCACAGAUUUAUCUUUUUUUUCUUUUUUGUAUUUGAAUUUUAAAAAAAAAGUGGUGCUAUUGAGGAAACACAGCUGAUGAUCGUGUUGAUCGGCGGAUACUUUGUCACGACAGUAUUGGUGGAACUUUGUAUGUCCAGUUAUUUUAACUGUGUACUGAUUCAUGCAGAACAUUAAGACUGUCGAUUCCUCAGUGUUAGCUACCUCGAUGCCAAAACUGAGAAACAAUGACAUGUAAAUCUGUUUUUUUUUUUCCUUCUUAAAGGUGCUGUUUUGUAAGUAGCGUGACCUUUGUGCACCUCUCCUGGCUGCGCAGUACAGGGCAGGGUUUGGGGAUGCCAAUAAAGAUAUUUCUGUCAACGAUGGGGAGACGAAUGUGGUGUGUGUAGUAAUUUGAUUUUAUUCGUAACAUACAGCAAACAUAGCAGCGGAUAGUAAUUUCUUUAUGCAUGCCAUUUCCCCCUUUGCAGUAUCCUAGAUUUAUAUGCUUGUGAAAUCCUUUUUAUAACAAUUCAUAGAAUAUGGUUCCUGUGAGUGCCUUUUUCCUUUGUGUAUUUUUUUCCAAGCAUUAAUUAAACAAACUGCUUGUUUAUCCCCCCCAAGCUCGUGUCAUAUUAAUUAAAGUUAGGCCAUUAGUCUCACCUUUGGUUUUUUUUUUUUUUUUUUUUUUUGUACAUUAACUCAACUUUCAAUAAUUUUGUAGACUGGUAUGUACUCACAUAGAUUUUAAAUUGUUCCUACUGUAAGUUUUUUUUAUUUUUUUUAUUGUGUUUUAAAGUAAUUCUAUUUGUGCAUAUUUAUAUCGGAGUUCUAAGGUUGCGGUGAGGACCGAGCACCUGCUAACACCCCGGAGGCAGAGAGGAAGUGGGGGGAGGGGGUAUGGGGCUUUCCACACUGGAAGCAAACGGGUUUUAUUCUUUCUGAAAUAAACAUUAAAAGUGUU